AAGCGGUCGUUUAGGCGUCUGCUGAGCGUCUAGACAGCGCCUAAGCGGCCGUCUAGACCGCUUUCUUGAACACUGCUUAAUAGUAACUAAUAAAAUUGGAUAAUUGAUCUUUGUUUUGACCAAAAAUAAAAAUUAAAAAAAACAACUUAUAAAUAUGGGCUUGUAAUUUGUAAAGAAUAUAUUUUAGCCUCCUCAUAGUCAUAGAGACUCAUAGCACAGGCGUCGGUUAUUUAAAAGCCGUUAAACGAUGUACGCGCGAAGAGUCUUGUCUCUGUUCUCAAACCUAACCAAAAGAUCGCAAAGUCUCUUGCUUUCGGAUCCUGCCACUUGGACUCAAAAUUGGGUAUUUACUGGGUUUCGCCACAACUUAAAAGCAACUAGGUUAUAUGCAAGUGGAAGUGGUAAAGAUUACAAUCUGUUUGGUAAUGUGAAACCUGGUGAUGAUGACUUCAGAAAGGCCUGGGAGAAAGAAAUGGGAGAUGAUGAUACUCUUUGGUCAGGAAGUGAAGACGAGAGUGAUGAGAAUACAAGACAAGAAAGUGGAGGAAACCGCCUUGAAAAAGAGAUCAAGAAAGCUAGACAACAAGCUAAAGAUAGCUCUGAUUUAAUUGAUGCAGACGAUAGUGAUAAACUAUACAGUGUUUGGUCAGGAAGCGAUGAAGAGAAAACGUUGUGGACUGGGGAUGAAGGUGAUGAUGAAGACGAUAUUCCAACAGAGCCACGUCCCAACGAGGCAUCUGAUAAGUACUUAGAUAAGUUGUUUGAGUUUGAAGAGAAACCAAAGUACAGGACAAUCUCUGAGUUGUUGAAAUCUGAGAAUGAACCCGAGGAGCUUUCACCUGGUAAAAAAGCGAGGAAGCUUGCUGUUGAGAACGCGCUGAAGAAACUGAACAAAGGGCCUGACGGGCGCUACACAAACGUGUGGGAAGUUAUGAGUGAUGUCGACAUACUGAUUGGAGCGUUCGAAAACAUUAUCUCAGGACCUGAAUAUGAAGAGCUAAGAAAAGGCGGACCCAAGAGACUGAACAUGCAGUUCUUUAAAGAUAUACAAACUCGCAUGAGAGAUCCAAACUUCAAAUUUACACCUGAGAUAAAGUUGAAGCCGAAGAGUAAACUAGUGCCUAGGAAGAAAUGGCAGAAGGCACAGUCCAGAAUAAGGAAAGCGAAGAAGCGGUAAAAAGCUUCUUGGUUUGCUCAAAGGAUCUUGAUAGAUUAACAGAAUGAAUCUUUGUAGGGUUAAAGCAUGCUUUAGAGAACACCAAACAGCGUCAUCAACAUCGAGUCUUAUGACACUGUGUCAUUGUAACGUGGUACCGUGAUUGAACAGCUUUCCUUUGCCGUGAUUCUGAUCUUUAUAUUCCUUCUUCUAAAGAAAGAAGCUUUGAAAGAAAAGCUAAAGAUGCUUUGGUCCCUCUUGGACAAUUUUUUUUUUGGGGAUGAAGAAUACAAAGCUUUUUCCACUUUGAUCUUUAAAAGUUUUCUUUUGGGAUGAAAAGUUGGAACUUGUAAAUGUUGAUACUCUCAUUGCCCUUUGAAGCUUAUUCUAAGAAAAAAAUUAAAGAGGAAGCAAUUUGCCUAACAAAUCACAAGAUGCUGAUUUUUGGGUCUCUUCCCUAAAUAUUAUUCCUUGCUUCAUAUGUAUAUGAUUAUCGUCAAAGUA